GAAUCCAUCCAUGCUCCCCAUCCCUUGCCGGUGAGUGAGAAAUGCUCUAUUUGCCAAGGCUUCGAUGCGGCCACUUCUCCUCAGCGAUCCAGCGCGGUGAUCGGACCCCUGCGUGAUAGUGACGCCGCCGACGACUGUUCGUGUCUGAGCCGCCAUCACAACCGUCUUGCCUCCGUAGCAGCAGCUGGGACCUCGCCGUCAACGCCCUCCCUCGCCCAGCAGCCCGAAUCCGCAACCUCCAUAGGUUGCCGCCGCUUUAACCGCAGCUGACACCUCGUCUGUCUCAUCGUACCGCAGCUCCAGCUCUUUUCAUUUCCCCGGUUUCAAUUUCAACCCCACCUGUGAAGAUCCGGUUGAUACUUAAACCUGGAACACCUACCCGUGUGACCGCGUCGGCUUAGGUUGCAUGCGGGCCCUUUGCCUCUGAUCAUAAAUGAUCUGGAUUGAAUUCUGACUCCGCUGCCUUGUUCCCUGGUGAUCGAGUACUCCAGCUCGAACGUAAUGUUUCUGCUUCCGCUGCCUUUGCCACUGCAUGAGCUAGACGAUUUCCUAACCUGGGAGUCCAAGUCAUUCCUUUUUCAGAAGACAUGUAAAAUGCUUGAUUGAUAAGCUACAAAUAACUCAAAUGUAUGGAAUGUUUGAAGUGUUUUUUUCUUCAAUUGGAUAUUUACUAUCUCCAGACACAAGUCCAGGUACUAAUGCUCCUAUGAUCAUGCUAUCUGCAAAGCUUUGAUAUUCCAUUGACAUCAGAGACGAAGUGGAGAAUACUUUUUUAGUGUAUAUGUACUUGGUAACAAAUAAUGCUGUUGAGACAUGUACCAACUGUUGGUAAUCUCCUUGAGGGAAUUAUACAAGUUCCUGUUGCCCGACUCAAAGGCAUAAAUAGGCAUUUUGGUGUUUCAUACUCAACUUUGCCUACUUGCAAUGAGCUGCCAAGAAAGCUCAAGAAGUCUGAGAGAAAACCACCUGUGAGAAGUUUUAAUGAGCUAAAGCGUGAAGCUAGACUGAAGAGAAAGAAAAGACAAAAUGCAUGUGAGAUUAUUUUACAACCUCCUGAAAAUGGUUUGUCGGUUGAACAUUUAGUUCCUGUUGCUCGUGAAGUUUAUGCUGCAAGAACUGAACUAUUAUCUACUGUUUCAAGACUUAUCAAGUAUAUUGCUAUUUAUACAUGCAGCUUAUGCGGAGAAGUUCAUGUUGGCCAUCCACCCCAUAAAAUUAGAACUUGUAACGUUCAAGGAAGCCUUUCAAGCAAAGAGCAUGCUUGGGUCAGAGGAGGUAUCCAACAUGUUCUGCCACUUGUGGAGUCAUUUCAUUUGUAUGACAGAAUAGGGAGGGCUGUUUCACAUAAGGAAAUGCUUGAAGUUGACCGAAUUCCAGCGAUUGUUGAAUUAUGUGUCCAGGCAGGCUUUGACAUACCUGAAUACCCCACCAGGAGAAGGACUUUUCCUGUCUACUCCAUUGCUGGCAAGAUGAUUGAUUUUGAGAAACGGUUCCCAAAAGAUUUUUCUCUUGGAGAAGAUAUAGAUGCAUGUGGGUUUCGGUAUAACAGAAAGAGAAUGGAUAAAGACACACAUCCCGCGGAGCUAUAUCCUAAUGAUAUCAAAGCCAUUGCUGUUGGAGGCAUGAAAGCCUGGGAGAAAAUGUGUAGUGGAUCCUCAAAACUGAUGGAAACAUAUGCUGUCCAAACUUGUGGAUAUUGUCCAGAAGUACAAGUUGGACCAAAAGGUCAUCGAGUUCGAAAUUGUCAAGCUUACAAACACCAAAUGAGGGAUGGGCAGCAUGCAUGGCAGGAAGCUAGAAUUAGUGAUUUGGUACCACCAGUAUAUGUCUAUCAUGUUCAAGAUCAACAAAAUAAUAAGCCUUUGGUGAAUGAGUUAAGGAGAUACUACAUUAUGCUGCCUGCAGUGGUUGAAUUAUUUGCACAGUGUGGAGCACCAUUGGAACCAAAAUAUGCAGGCGCGAUGAGGGAUGUUGUAAUCCCAGAAAUGGAUGAGGAAAAGUGGGUGGUUUAAAGUAAUGGGUUGGAUGGCGCCUGAAUCCUAUGUAUGGAGUAAACUAUUUCGGCACUGAAAGUGUCUAUUAGCAAAGACCAAUAGGAAAUUUUGACUUGAUAUUUUAGCAUAUGAGAAAAUCUUGAGAGAGAAAAUUAGAGUGAAAGUACGUUUGAGCUGAAACAAAUACUGAUCUCGCUAGUACAUGUUGCUGUUGGGUUGCACAAAAGUCAAUUUUUAGGGUUUUAUAGGAGUAUAUAAGGAGAUGCUAGAAUUAGGGUUUUUAGACUUUUGAGGUGAUGCCAUCAGUGAUGAGGAUUGUGAGUAGGGAUGGCAGCAGGUAUCCCAUGAAUAGGGAUGGGAACAUCGGGAUCGGCUGGAAAUGGAACAAAGUGGAGGUUGGUUUCAAUGAAGGAGAGGGAGAGGGUGAUUAACCACCAGUUGAGAGAAUGAAAGAGCCAUUUGAUUUCAUACCCCAACAAAACAAUUCUUUGCAUUUGGAUGAAGAAAACUGGAGGGAACAACACACAAGCUUUGGAACCCGAUGCUUGUCUGCCUCAGCUUUCAACCACUUGUGCUCUUCAUGCUACCACUUCCUAGUUCGGAGCUACAUACACUAGUAACCAUAACUAAUAUUACUGCUUCUUUCAGAUUGAUUCAUGGUUGCAAUCAAUAAUGAUACCUUGAUGUACCAGAAAAUUUUAUUGUAGGGUAAAAGUUAGUAACAUAGCGUUACAUUGCACAGAUAUGGCUACUUUGUUAAAGUACUCGUACCGGGUAUGGAUACGUGUUGAAUACAUGUUAGGAAUGUUUGAAUACGCACUAGAUCAAAAAGAUAAUUUUUGGACAUCUUCUGGGUACGGCUAAGCCGUAUUUUAUAUCGACAUAGAGAAAGUGUAGUGUUUUUGGAGAUUUUUUAACCUUUUGUUUUCAGGGUCA